GGACGCACAGUGUCAUUACCAUGUAAUGUAACACCACCAGGCCAUGAUAAAGUUUAUAUGGUAUUUUGGUUUCAAGAUGAUGCUGGUAUACCAUUAUAUAGUUUUGAUGUACGUGGUAAACCAUUAAAAGAGGCACGUCAUUGGUCAGCACCAGAAGUAUUUGGGAGUCGUGCAUAUUUUAAAACAUCAAACGAUGUAGCACAAUUAGUUAUUAAUGAUAUUAAGCGGCAUGAUGAAGGUGUUUAUCGUUGUCGAGUUGAUUUUCGUAAUACACAAACACGUUCAUUUCGUUAUAAUUUAACUGUUAUUGUGCCACCAAAUGAACCACAAAUAUUAGAUCGUUGGGGACGGCAAUUAACAAAUAAAACCUUAGGACCAUUGGAUGUUGGUGAUGAUAUAAUACUAACGUGUCGUGUGAUUGGUGGUAAACCAGAACCAAUUGUCCGAUGGUUAUUAAAUGGUAUCAUUAUUGAUAGUGAAUAUGAGCAUAAUAUUGGUGAUGUGAUUGAGAAUCGUUUAACAUGGCCAUCAAUUCAGCGAUCGGAUUUUAAAUCAAUAUUUACAUGUCAAACAUUAAAUACAAAAUUAACGCAGCCAAAAGAAUCAUAUAUUAUAUUAGAUUUAUACUUAAGUCCAUUAACUGUAAAUAUAAUAAAACCAAUAGAACCAACAUAUUUAGUGGCUGAUCGUCGUUAUGAAGUGCAAUGUGAAUCAACUGGUUCUAGGCCACCAGCGAUUAUUACAUGGUAUAAGGGCAAACGUCAAUUAAAACGUACCAAAGAAGAUAUAAAAGAAAAUAAAACAAUAUCAGAAUUAAGUUUUGUGCCAACAACCGAGGAUGAUAACAAACCAAUCACAUGUCGUGCAGAGAAUCCAAAUGUUACUGGAUUAUAUUUAGAAUCAACAUGGAAUAUAAAUGUUGUUUAUCCUCCAAUAGUAUCACUACGUUUAGGAUCAACUUUACAAUCAGACGAUAUAAAAGAAGGUGAUGACGUUUAUUUUGAAUGUCAUGUCAAAUCAAAUCCACCAUGGAGAAAAUUACAAUGGUUACAUAAUAAUAACAUAAUAAAUCAUAAUAUGUCAGCACGGAUAAUACGCUCAAAUCAAAGUUUAGUACUACAACGUGUAACAAAACACAGUGCUGGGAAGUAUCAAUGUUCAGCGAUCAAUAGUGAAGGUGAAACUAUAUCAAAUGCAUUAAUAUUUCGAGUUAAAUAUGCUCCAGUAUGCCGUAAUGAUCGAAUCAUUGUAAUAGGAGCAAGUCGUUCGGAAUCGUUAAAUAUAAAUUGUGAAAUAGAUUCAGAUCCACAAGUUUAUAAAUACAAAUGGAAAUUUAAUAACAGUGGAGAAACGAUAGAUAUAAAUAUGGAACGAUAUAUAAAUAAAUCGAAUGGUACGAAUAGUAUAUUAGAAUAUACACCAAUCACUGAUUUAGAUUAUGGAACAUUGUCAUGUUGGGCAAUUAAUUCCAUUGGACAGCAAUUAUUACCAUGUGUAUUUCAAAUUGUUGCUGCUGGUAAACCAUAUUCAGUACGUAAUUGUACGUUAUUAAAUCAAACAUUAAAUUCAAUGAAUGUACAAUGUUUAAGUGGAUUUGAUGGUGGUCUACCACAAUAUUUUUUAUUAGAAUUAUAUACAACAACACAAUUUAAUCAAACAAAUCAAUAUGAACCAGAAUUUUUAUUAACAAAUUUACAAAGUGAUGUCAUCUAUCAUAUUAUUAUAUAUGCGAUCAAUUCAAAAGGUUAUAGUCAACCAUUUAUUAUUGAUAAUAUACAAUUUAUUGAUUAUGAUAAACAUACUGUAUUAACAAAUGAUUUAUUACCAAUAUCGACAACAAUUAUUGGUGUAUUUAUUGUAACAACAACAACAACAGCGGCAUCAGCAACAGCAACGACAAUGGCAUCAGAUAAAUCAAAUAAUAGUAAUAUGUUAAUUAUGUUGCAAUCACAGCAACAGCAACAACAACAACAACAAUAUAACACAUCAUCUUAUGAACAACAACUGCAACAUGAACCAGAUCCUGAUGUUAUAUUACCAUCCAAAUAUAAUAAUGAUAUAUUUACAACAACGACAUUAGCAUCAACAAUAAAUAAAUAUCAACAACAACAACAACAGCAACAACCAUCAACAAUAUUAUUACGUAAUGAAUUAUUAGAUUUCAUUAAUCAAUCUGAUAUAAACAUCUUUAAUAGUAAACAACAACAACAGCAACAACAAUAUUAUAUUGAUACAUUAUGUAACUUGCCACAAGACCAACCAUUACCCAUAACAACAUCCACACCAACAAUACCACCAAUGGGAUGGAACGUAUAUCAUGGUGGUGGUGGUACAUUAAAACGUGGUGAUCAUCAUCAUAUACCUAGUGAUAAUAAUUAUGAUGUAAAAGAUUUACACAUUAAACAUCAUCAUCAACAAGAACAACAACAACAACAAUUUAAUAAUUUAAUAAACAAUAAAUUAAUAAUACCAUGUACGAAUAUUGAUAUAACAUCAAUUGAUUAUAGUAAUUAUGAUACAAAUAUUACAUCAACAACAAUACCUUUAUCAACAACAACAUCAACAACAACAAUAACAACACCAUUAAUAACAACAACAAAUACAGCUGAUUAUGAAUUAAAUGGGCAUGCCAUUAAAGAACGAUUGAUGGCAAGUCGUAUACCUGAAAGUUGUGUUUAA